AUGUCCUUUCUUGAAUUCUUUUAUUUUUUUUCUUUCUUUCUUUCUUUCUUUCUUUCUUUCUUUCUUUCUUUCUUAAUUUCAUUCGUUCCUGUCCUUUCUUCUGAAUUCUUUAUAUUUUUUCUUCUUUCUUUCUUUCUUUCCUUUUCUUUCCUUUCUUUCUUUUCUUUCUUUCUUUCAUUCGUUCGUUUCCUCUCCUUACGCUUUCUUUUUUUCCCUUUACAAAAUUUCUUUGUUUCUUUCUUUUUGAUCUUUCUUUCGUUUUUCCCUUUUUUUGAAAAUUCCUUCUGCUCUCCUCUAGCUGUCCUUUUUCUGAAUUCUUUUAUUUUUUCUUCUUUCUUUCUUUUCUUUCUUUCUUUCUUUCUUUCAUGGAGUUCGUUUCCUUUUUUUCUCUUGACGCUUUCUUUUUCCACCUCUCAUUACAAUGAAUUUCUUUGUUUCUUUCUUUUUUAUCUUUCUUUCGUCCUUUCUUCUGAAUUCUUUAUAUUUUUUCUUUUUCUUUCUUUCUUUCUUUCUUUCUUUCUUUCUUUCUUUCUUUCAUUCAUUCCUGUCCUUUCUUUAAUUCUUUAUAUUUUUUCUUCUUUCUUUUUUUUUCUUUCUUUCUUUCUUUCUUUCUUUCUUUCUUUCUUUCAUUCGUUGUUUCCUUUCUUUCUCUUUCUUUCUUUUCCACCUCUUUACCUUUUCUUUUGUUUUUCUUUCUUUUUAUCUUUCUUUGAGAUUCUUUAUAUUUUUUCUUCUUUCUUUCUUUCUUUCUUUCUUUCUUUCUUUUGUUAUUUUUUCUUUCUUUUUUUCUUUCUUUCUUUCUUUCUCUCUUUCUUUCUUUCUUUCUCUCUUGCCUUUCUCUCUUUCUUUCUUUCUUUAAAAGACCUUUCUCUUUCUUUCUCUCUUUCUUUUUUGAAUUUCUUUCUCUCUUUCUUUUUUCUUUCUUUCUUUAUUUCUUUUCUCUUUCUUUCUCUCUUUCUUUCUUUCUUUCGACUAAUUUCUUUCUUUCUUUCUUUCUUUCUUUUAGUCUUUCUUUCUCUCUUUCAAAUCUCUUUCUUUCUUUCUUAUUUCUUUUCAAAUCUCUUUCAACCUUGCUCUUCUUUUUCUUUCUUUCUUUCUUUCUUUCUUUUUUUUUUUCUUUCUUUCUCUUUCUUUCUUUUCUCUUUCUUUCUUUUCUUUCUUUCUUUUUUCUUUCGAUUCAUAAACUUUCUUUCUUUCUUUCUUUCUUUCUUUCUUUCUUUCUUUCUACGUUCCUUGUCUCUUCCUCUCUUUCAAUUAAAGCAAUCUUUUUUCCUUUAUCUGAAUUCUUUCUUUCUUUUUUCUUUCCUUCUUUUUUUUCUUUCUUUUUCUUUCUUUCUUCCGUUCUUUCUUUCUUUUUUCUUUUUUUCUUUCUUUCGUUCUUUCUUCUUUCUUUUGUUUGAGUUCCUUCUGAUUUCCUUCUCUGUCGUCCUUUCUUCUGAAUUCUUUAUUUUUUUUAUUUCUCUCUUUCUCUCUUUCUUUCUUUCGUCAGUUUAUUGUCUCUUUCUUUUCAUCAAAUAA